ACAUUCAAAUGUGCAUCACCUCUAACUUGAUUUUAAUGAAAUUCUUGCUGGACAAUAAAAUUCCACAAAAACAAAACUGAGUUAGGGUUGUUUUACCACACAAAACCACAGUUUUAACCUGUCUGACACUCAUGAAUAGUGACAAAAACACUCCCAGAACUAUGAAACGUUUCGGAUCCGAGGGCUAAACGUUUCCACGUUUAGUCUGUUUGUGUCGCUGUGGAGUUCCGUUUAUAGAAUGUAGGCUACCAUGCGCGUUCGCGUGCCCGAGCGCGCACCCGGGAGUGUGGAGGGGGAGCAUCUGCCUCCGCACACUCAGGCGCGCUCACACCGGGAGGAUGCAGCCUCGGCUCAGACAACAGACGCGGAGCUGAGGAAGAACCGGACUCACACUGACAUCGACACCAGAACCCAGGGGGCACAGAACUAGAGAGGGGGCCGGACCGCAGCUCCCGUCGGGCCGGGUAGAACGACCAGUCCGUCGGUGUGGGCGCGCCGAGAGGGGGGAGGAUGAAGAAAAGCAACCAAAACAGACGGGGUGUUCCAGACUUGGCUCAGCAGGCAGCCCAACAGCCAGAGAAGGUGGGCUGGAUCAGGAAGUUCUGUGGUCGAGGGAUCUUCAGAGAGCUGUGGAGGAACCGAUACGUGAUCCUCAGAGGAGACCACCUCUACAUCUCUGACAAGGAGGUGAAGGACGAGCGUAAAGCACAGGAAGUGUUCGAUUUGGCUGAAUACGAGCGAUCGGAGGAGCUGAGGAAGGCGAAGAGUCGCAGCAAGAAGAACCACAGCCGCUUCACCGUGCUGCGCUGCAGGCAGCCAGGAAACACUGUUCCAAACCUUGUGUUUCUGGCAGUGAGUCCUGAGGAGAAGGAAUCAUGGGUCAACGCGCUCAACGUAGCCAUCGUCAAAGCCAAGAACAGAGUCCUGGACGAGGUGACGAUUGAGGAGGACAACGCGCUGGUUCAUCCCACCAGGGACAGAGCAAAGAUCCCUCAUGGCCGCCGGCUGCCGACCAGAGGACACCUUAUGACCGUGGCGUCGUCCUCCCACGGCAUGCUGACUCUCGACCUCGUCGCUGAGGAGGACUACGAUGAAUCCUGGGAGAACAGCUUCCGGGUGGACCUAAUGGGAGGAGGUUUUGGGCAGGGGGCCGUCGUCGGCAGCCGCCAGAGGGCUGGCACCGAUGUGUCCAAACUUAGGGUGACCUACAAGGAGCCCAAAGCCAAAACCAGCAGUCUGCCCAGAGGCAGUGAACGCUCCUGGGGAAAGUAUUCCCAUCUGGAGGUCUCCAAGGUCCACAAGACACAGCAGGGGCAGGCGCAGUCCAGAACGCCACAGCCGGGGAAGAGGGUCAGCAUGCAGGGCCGCAGCCGCUGCGCCUCCAUGGACGAGGUCCUCUCCUCCAGACCAGCAAUGAUUCGUUCUGAGCUGCGUUCUGCUCUUCGUCGGUGUCCAACAGAGGAGGAGGCAAGCAGCGGGGCCCAGCCUGUCGGCCAGCUCCAGAGCCUAAUCGCUCAGAGGAUGCAGAGAGCUCAGGAGCUGCUGGAGGAGAUGAGGCUGCAGGAGCUGCAGAAGGCCAAAGCCGAGCGGGAACGAGGAGGUGGCUCACCAUACCUCAAAGGCAUCGACUCCCCUCGACUCCACCACCUUCGAGGCUCAGAUUCUCCUCAGUCCAGCAGGUCGUCAGGGUCUCCGAGGAGCAGGAGCAGCGACUCUCCUCGUAUCAGAGGCAAAGACUCUCCUCGUCCCAAGGCAAGAGACUCUCCUCGGUGCAAAAACAAAAAGACUCGCUCCAAAGGAACGGACUCUCCCCGCUCCAGAGGAAACAAAGGUCCAGCUGGUGUGGCCGGCCCGGACUCCACUCAGUUCAAGGGCUCUGACACGGUCCCUUGCCUCAAACUCCAAAUGGAUGACUCUGCUGCUCAGAGGGCGUCUGAGUCGUCUCAGGUUAAUGGAUCGGAUUCAACACAGGGCAGUGAAGUGGACUCUCCUCAGCUGGGCAGCAGUGGAGACUCACCUGCGCCGAGCCUGAAGAUCUCCCCCAGCUUCUCCCCGUCCCUCCAUUCAGACAAACACCGGUCAGCCUCACCCCCCGGCCCAUCAGCGCAGGACGAGGAGGAGGUGGAGAGACGACGCGCCGAGGCCGAGCGCCUGUUGGAGGAGGCCGUGUCAUCGUGGAAGGAGGCGCAGGAGGUGUUGCAGGAGGUGAAGGAGCUGCAGAGCCAGACUCUGCGGCGACAGCGCAGAAGAACAUAUGAGAAGAUGACGCCGUCAGCAGCGGGGUUGCCUGUGGCAACCUCUGCAACAGAAGAAGACGACACGCCCGCAACGCCCACGUCGCUCGAAGACGAUGAGUCGGAGACGCCCUGACUGCUUCAGGAGAUGCCCUAAUUUCUUUAGGAGACACCCUGACUUUUUCUGAAAAUGCCCUACUUUUUCAGAAGACACCCUGACUCCUUUAGGAAACGCCCUGACUCCUUUAGGAGACGACCUGACUCCUUUAGGAGACGACCUGACUCCUUUUGGAGACACCCUGACUUUUUCAAAAGACGCUCUACUUUUUCAAAAGACGCCCUGACUUUUUUAAAAGACGCCCUGACUCCUUUGGGAGUCUCCCUGCCUAAUGCCCUCUUCAGGAGACACCCUGAUUCCUUCACAAGACAGCCUGACUCCUUUAGGAGACGACCUGACGUUUUCAGAAGACGCCCUGACUCCUUUUGGAGACGCCCUGACUCCUUUAGGAGACGACCUGACUUUUUCAAAAGACGCCCUGACUAUUUUAAAAGACGCCCUAACUCCUUUAGGAGACACUCUGACUCCUUUGGGAGACUCCCUGCCUAAUGCCCUCUUCAGGAGACACCCUGUUUCCUUCACAAGACACCCUGACUCCUUUAGGACCCCCCCCCCCACUCGCAUCUUCUGCAGGAGAUCCCCUGACGUUUUCAGAAGACGCCCUGACUCCUUUAGACACAUUUUUCAGCAUGUUUGGAUUUGGGCAGUUCUUGAUUCCGCAUAUUUCUAAUGGACGAUGGGACGAGAUUAUUUAGAAACCAGCAUCUGUUUUUUCCAGGAGGUUCAGUUCAAUCCUCCCAUGCACUACACUGGCUCCAGUCACUUCUGCUGCCCUGUCUUUGUGACAGGGUUUAUGCAUUUUUCAAGGAGGCACUUCGUUCUUGCAUGUUUGUCCUCUCUAAGCGGAGGUGAAGCCAAAGCUUCUCAGUGAUGUCAGACAAUUUUGCUCCAACCGUUUAUACAGGACACUUUAAAAAAGACAUUUUUGUUUCUACCAGGUUUUCAAAAUAAGAGCACUGUGUUUCCGAGACCACGUGAGCUUUAAACAUUCACAGCUUCCUGCUUUGGUGCUUAGUAAAGUACAUUCAGACUUGCGUAGCCGUAGUUUUGUCUCAACUCAAAUCAGGGAGUUUAAUGAUCUUCAGCAUGAACUGACAAGAAGCAAUAAUGAUGCCAUUUCCUGCUGUUGAACAGGAUUUAUGUUUGUUGAAGCUGUUGAUGUGUCACCUGUGCAAUAUUUUGUUUUCCUGCCUGCUUCGGCAAUUUUGCCAAUAUGCAAUGAGAAAGUGAGGAGCCCAAACAUGUGAAAAUGUAGCAAAUGACUCAUCGACCUGUAAAGAGCCACCGCUGCGUUUAGCUAAUGAAACCGUGGCAACUGUGUCGGUUUCAGCAGGUGAAUCAGGUUCAUGGUUCAUUCUCUAAUACUUGUUUCUAUUUGUACAUUAGUGAUGACGCGACACCAACACUUUUAGAGACUUGUACUGUGGCUGAAAAUGAAUUUGCUUUGCUUCAUUCUAUAGUCUUACUUUGUCCAGAUGUAAAGCUCGUUUCCAGUUUGUUUUCUUGUGUUGAUGACUUUUUUGAACAAUGUUUGACAAUAUAGAAAGGCAUCGUGGGAAACCACUGGAUGUUCACCGGUCGGAGCUCAUCUGCUGUUAGCUGGUAGCAGCUGGACUCGACUCAAUGGGCGAUCGUUUCUUGUGUUUGUGAUUGUUGGAUCUUUUUACCUGGUGACAAAAAAAGAUGAGCCACUGUUAAUGAAAAUGAAAAAUAUUUGUAAGCUUUAUGAGCUGAGGUUGGUUCUGGUGAUGUGUGUGUUCACAGAUUAAACUUUUUCACUGCU